GGGCCCCGUCCCACCACCACCAUCUCCCACGGGCGCCAAGGUCCCUGCCGCCGGCGUGCGCGCCACCGCCACCACCUCCCACAGGCGCCAUGGUCCCUGCCGCCGGCGCGCGCCACCGCCACCACCUCCCACAGCCGCCGCGGCCCCCACCACCGGUUCGCGCCGCGCCAUCUCCACCUCCCACAGCCUCCAUGGCUCCGUCGCCAGGGCGCGCCCUGCCACAACUACCGCCGUUGGACGUCAUCGCCGUGCCCCCUGCACGCCAGCGCCUCCGAGACCUCGUCCGACAUGACCGUUGCAUCGCCUGAAUUGCCAAGCGCCGCCACCGCCCAGCUUCUUUCCCUGACCACGGCCGGCCUCCUGUGCCGGGCAAACCUCUUCUCUUCCUUCCGGGCGCAACCGCGAUCUCCUUCUCAGUUCAAAAUGAGCUCUAGCCGCUGUCCAAGUCGGCUCUCCUGCUUGGAUCCCUCGCCAGACCCGAUCCAGCUCUGCUGGCUGCUAUUGUUCUCUGUUUCUUCUCUGUGCGUGUGCGUGGGUGAUCCAAGGGGGUGGAGGAGGAGUGGGGAGUGAGGAGGGCGUGGGGCGGAUGGAUCCGUCGGGCGCGUUCGUGCGGAGCUCGAGAAAUGUGUUGCUGGCAUCGCUGGUGAGGAGCGGGACCGGCGGCAUCAGCGGGAGCGGGAGCAGCCGCGGGAGGGGCGGCGCCGGCGGGAGCCAGACAAUGGUGCGCCGGGUGCUCCACGGCGUCAUCACCUUCAUCUUCGCCAUCGCUUCAAGCUCCAGUUCAUCCUGGCGAACUUCUAAGGGAAACAAGGGAGGAUAUUUCGAUGAUUUAGGCAUGGGGGUUCCUGCUCAUGUACGUACUGAGAGCAGGAUCCGAGCGGCGCUCUCCAAAUCUUAGCUCAAAGUUUCUGUUUCUGCUCCAUUUCUCAAUUCUUUGCUGGCAAUCUUUUUUAAGGAGUUACAGAUUCUUGAGUUGCAAAACCAAAGUUUGGUUUCCACUACUGAAAAGCAAAGUUUUGCUUCUAGCGAUUCAUUCAGACCCUGAGCAGAGUGUUUUCCCCUAAAUUAAGAGCGUGAUGUUUGUGCAAUUUGGGUUGAUCUGCUUCACAUACUGUGCAAUCUUAUUACUACUUUGUUUUUGAGAAACUCUAUGCAGACCACAAAGACUCAUGUUCUGAACAUUUGACAUGUGUAUGUGUGUGUUCCUGUGCAAGUCGAAUCCCAUUCAGGUCCAACUCCAUCACCUCUGCUUCACUGGUGAAAACAGUGCGACCCGAGGAACCACGGGGGGUCGAGGACGUCCAGCUCCGCAGUCCAACUCGGCGUGAUUCACAUCAUGGAUAGCCCCCAUGUAGCAGCCCACUGUGUAUUUUAUCAUCAGUUCGUAAAGAAAAGCUGAAUCAGUGCAGUGUGUGUGUUAAAAAAUAUAAAUCAGUUUAAUAUUGUAUGGUAGUUCAUUGUCCAGAAAUUUUGUCAUAGUUCCCGCUUUUCAGUUCAUCUACUUCCCGGUCACAAGUCCAAUUAGAAGAAAUUCAAAAUAUGAAAAAUAAUAUCCAUUUUGUUCUGGUAAUCAUUUUCAACCAAUUUGGUAUGUAUCAGACUUGCAUAUGUUGACUAGUAGGGUAGAUCUUCGUUGUAUAAGAAGCUAGAUGUUGAUUUGCAAUUAUGUUGUGACAAAAUUUUCAGUCA